AUGCCAAAGCAUUGGAUAAUACGAAUACGAAAACCGUCUCUGAAUGCCGCUCUGGUCGUGUUUGUUGGAGGAUCCACGGCUUUAUGCGCAUGGUGGUUAAUUAGGCGAAUUUUCCCCGAGAAAUCAAAUGCGAACGAGGCGCCGUCUGACCAGUUCAUGCGGAGAGGAAUCGAUUCUGGUAUCCCACACCCAUCACAAAAUCGCUUUGUCGACGUCUUACCUAAAUCUACCACAGCUGCCGUAUCUAAUCACAAGUCAUGCGGAGUACUUUCUCGUUGUACCUCAGUUUCCUCGAUCACCUCUCCUGCCGUAGAUUGUGGAACGAUCGGUUUAGAAACAUUGAACAAAAUUGUGGACCAAUUAGAGGAUUGCAUGAGUAAGAUUAGUUGUACAAUUCAACAGUUUAAAUCGAAAGAUCCAAGCACUGAUGUUUUCGUAAAAGAAUUGCAGAGAUUUUUAGAGUCGUCAUAUCUCUUAAGGGAACAAUUCAAGCGCGCUUUUAUUCAGGAAACUCCGGCAUUUACAUCCGAACUACAUUGCGUCGACUCGCUAUCUGACGUUGAAACUGAAUCGUAUUUUUCUGCUGUCGAGGAAGUUGACUUUUCCGAACUUGAACUUCAGAUUUCAUCUAAUUUUCACCGACCAUUCUAUAGAAGUGCUUUGAAAGAGUUAAACGAAGGAAACGUCACUUUCAGAUCCCUCCGCACAGAAAUGAUGAAUUGCCAAUCGGAUAUUGAAUAUCUUGGGAAACUAAUAUGCGUUCGACGCGGGUUUGACUACAUCCUCGCCCAUAAUGAACAGGUUGCUUGGCUUAUGCAAGCUGGAGAGUCCUUAGCGUGUGGUGCCCUCGUUUGUCUUGGAUGCGGAACUAUGGAUUUCGAAGAGGCUUACUUAUCUCUACUUACAUAUUUAAAUUCAACUAAGGACCCCGAGAAUCUUGCGAAGUUUGCUGAUGAACUCGCGGGCAAGGACGUCCGAGCAAUAAACUUUUAUGAUAUAUUUUUCGAUCGUAUCCUCAUAGACGCCCUUGAGAACCUGGGCAACCCUCCCUCCUCCAUUCUGGCGUUGACGCGCAACACGUGGCUGAGCCCCGGUUUCAAGCGCUCCGCUCUUGACUCGGCCGUGUGGACUCUCAUGGCUGCAAAGCGCAAGCUGCUCAAGUACCCAGAUGGCUUUUUUUCACUUUACUACCGCGUAGUGGAGACUGUCGCAUCCGCGAUGGCAUGGGGCUUUCUUGGCUCCGAUGAGGUGCUUAACACUUUCUGUGAAUCCGUUCGGGAAGAAGUGGUCACUUUUUUGCGCUCGCUCUUUAAAUUCACCGACAUUAAUGUCUCAAGCGUCAACGGUAGUGCAUCUUCAUCUGCUUCCCCCGACUUUGUGGAAAAUGAGCAUGAUUUCGAGGACGAUGACGUCACAAUCACUCCUGAUGGAGAUAAUCGACCAUCUCUCCGUGAUUCCUACACGGGCAUGGAUUUCACCAGCAUUGAGGCGUUUUCUGCGUGCAUCUACUCCAACAUCGCAACUCUCCAUCGACGACUAGCCACCUUAAUUAUCAGCUUUUCGAUAAAGUACUUGUCCACCGAGCAAGGCGACUCAACUUAUCUACCACCAGUCUUGCUUUCAACGUAG